AUGAAUCAGUGUUUUCAUGUUGGAUCUGUCUCUGUUGCACCUGGGGGACGUUGGAAUAGAUUCAAAACCUAUUCAACUAUUCAGAGGACCUUGGAAAUAUGGGUUUUUGUGCUAACCUUUAUUUUUAAGGAUUGGUUGAACAAUCAUAAAUUCUCUUAUCGUGGCUUUCAUCUUCACAUGGCUUUCAAGGCUCUGGUUAUGGCAUACACGGUAAGUGAGCUUUGGCCAUAUAGGUUCCUCCAUAUCUUCACCGACCCAUCAGAGGAGCAAGUGAAACGCAACCAUCAAGAUUGGUUGAGCUAAGGUGAUUCAUUCACCGUACGAGAUUGGGCGACACUAGCUAUUUGAGGAAGCAAGGCCAGACCCUCCGGACAAAUUUUGUCCAAGGUACGUCUUCGGGCAUGAAGACCUCAGUUUGACCUCUUCCGGCCAAUGUUCAAGAUUAGCCGACGCUUCUGAUACAAAAUAAAAAUAAAAAAGAAAACGAAAAGAAGAGAGUAGGAGGAUUCUUUGUUUUGAUGCCCCAACAAGAUAAAAAGGUAUACAAAUGUCAAAGUUAAUACUACUUUCUUGAUCUCUUUAUAUCACUCAUGGCACAACAGAAUAUGAUUAUUUUCUAUUACUGAUCAAUUAUUUCAAAGCAAGAUUCACAAUCAUUUUUUCGAUAGAAGAACUUGCUAAUAUGCUAUCAUUGCUGGUUACUGUCUAAGUUCAGCUCUAACUUGGGUCGCUUCAAAGUGAAGUCUUUGUUGUUUUUUUAGGAUCAUGGAUGGCUUCAUUGUAAUUGCUUUGUUUAUUACAAAAGAAACUGGAAUUAUUAUUGUUAGAUAGUCGCUCAAAAGCAUUCUAACUUCAUAGUACAACUCUUCUAAUACAGUAUAGCCUAUGUUGGAAAAAUGAUACUUUCAUGGCAGUCUACCAAUCUUCAUUGGGAAAAAAAAACACUAAAGGGUAAUAACAUUGUUUGCUUUAUUACUAGAGGUCAAUAUCUCUCUAUUCGUAAUGGUAUAUUUUGAUGUGGUGUACUUAGUUAUAGUGGAAGUUUUUACUACUUAUAUUGCAUUUAGGAGUUUUUCAUCUGAUUUCUUAUAUGUUUGGUUUUGCUAGAUUUUGAUUUCUUUGUUAGUUUAUGGACUGAAUUUGUAUCAAAAAGAGCUAUGGACACAUUGCCGCCAACAUCACAUGAUAUUUUUCUAUUUCUCCUGUCCAACGUCAAGAUGAAUUUCUUUUUUUUUUCUUUUGCUAUUCUUUAUCAUUUUUUUGAUUAAAGUGCAAUAACAUUCGACAUUGUGUGUUCCUCGCAGUGGGUGGAUUCUAUGUGUACAUUUGUUUUUUGGGAUUAAAGUUCUCUGAGUAUGAUUUUUGAAUAUAAAGUAGGUUUUAUAUGUCGAGUGUGGCAAUAUAAACUACAACUAAAUUUUUGUUCUUUUGGUGAUUAUAUGAUGAUGUUUAAGGAUUACACUGGCUCAGUGGCUUCUUGAAAGCAAUGGAAAAUUGAAUUUGUUGAUUUACAUGGUGAUGACUUUUAUUUUGUUAUUUGGGCCCAAGUGAAAAAUGUUAAGGCUGGUUUGAUGGUAACUAUAUCACAUGCAUCAUAAGUACUUUAAUCAUCUUUUGCACAAUGCUACCAUAGUAUGGUUUUUGCUGAGGGGCGAUCAUUUCCACUACUAGCAUGGAUGGAAUGGAGGAAUUUAUAUUGGAAUGG